AGCCUCCGCGGGUUCCGUCCCAGAUGAGCGUCAGUCAGUCAGUCAGUCAGUCAGUGACGGACCUCAGAACCGGAGCAACACUGGAUCAUGCGCGCGCUCACCGCGUCCUGACAGCUGCACGCGGCUCGGUUCGGGUGUCGGCGAGCGAGAUGGACGGAGGCGAGAGGAAGGAUGUGAAGCUCUCUGCUGAAGUAGAACCGUUUAUCCCUCAGAAGAAAGGUGUUGAAGCGUCAUUAUUACCCAUGAGUCUGUGCGGUGAGGGUGGAGCUGAGCCCACACAAAUCCCCUCCUACCUGAUCACCUGCUACCCCUUCGUACAGGAGAAUCAGAACAGCAGUCGGCAGAUGCCUGUGUAUAACGGAGAUCAGCGCUGGCAGCAGCUCAACCCGAGCCCCGGCGGGCCGUACCUGGCGUACCCCAUCCUGUCGUCCCCGCAGGCCCCCGUCACCAGCGAUUACCCCACGUACUACCACGCCAUCAUGCCCACGCCCUGCCCUCCCGUCAUGGGCUUCUACCAGCCCUUCCCAGGGCCCUACACAGGGCCCCUGCAGGCCGGCGUGCUCAACCCCGUCUCCGACUGCAGCCAGACGCCGAGAGGGAGAGGCGUCUCACGAAACCCCGUCCUGAACAAGCAGCCAGUGGCUCAGCCAAUGAGAGCCAAGCGCCCCGUGAUGCGGAGCGUGGCGGUACAGAAGGAGGUGUGUGCCGCCGGGCCUGAUGGGAGAUCCAGGACGGUGCUGCUGGUGGAUGCAGCGCAGCAGACAGAUUUCCCCGGCGAGGCGUCUGGCAGCGUCAGAUGUGCGUCGGAUCAGGCGAGUCCUCAGUGGAAGAAUAAAGCUCGGUGCAGACGCACGUCGCAGCAGGAGUCGUCCAGCGAGCAGGGAGCCAGCGAGGCAGACAUCGACAGCGACAGCGGCUACUGCAGCCCCAAACACAACCAGGGAGCUGCCAGCACCUCCACCAAUCAGCACACGGCUUGUACGUGUGUGUGUGUGUGUGUGUGUGCAGCUGUUAGCUGGGGGAAUGUAGCCUCACAGACCGUCCAGAAGCCGUGGGCAGAGAGGAACACAGCGUAUCACAGAGGCAGAACACCUGAGCAGAGGAACUACACACAGGACUUCCAGAUGAACUUUAGAGGUCAUGCAGCAGGACAGAGAUCGACUCCUUCAGAGACGCCCAACACACACCUCACACCUGAGCCACUGUACUUUCAGGAUGAGGACGAGUUUCCUGAUCUGGCCACCGGUGGCGCUGCUCAGCGGAAUAAACCAGAACUAGUUCAGCCCAAACUGCCCAAGAACCUGGUGUGUAACCUUCCGGAGAAUUCCCCCAUAAGCAUCGUGCAGACGCCCAUCCCCAUCACCAGCUCUGUGCCCAAGAGAGCCAAGAGUCAGAGGAAGAAGGCGCUCGCUGCCGCUCUCGCCACGGCACAGGAGUACAACGAGAUCAGCAUGGAGCAGAAGAAGCUACAGGAGGCUCUGUCUAAAGCAGCAGGUAAGAAGAGCAGGACACCGGUGCAGCUGGAUCUGGGCGACAUGCUGGCAGCGCUAGAGAAACAACAACAGGCCAUGAGAGCACGACAACUCAACAACACCAAACCACUGUCAUACACAGUUGGGACAGUGGGCGCUCUGAACAGUAAAGAUGGCGGCAGUCGAGUGACGGGACUCAAAAACACAUACACCCCCCCUCACAACAUCCUGGACUCCAGCGCGUGUGGCGUCAAGAGAGGGAAAGAGAGAGAGAUUCCCAAAGUCAAGAAGACCACCACCAUGAAGAAGAUUAUUCUGCAGGAGCGUGAGGUGAAGAAGGGCAAGAGUUCUGCUGAGCACAGCGUAUCUGGAGCCGACGAGCAGAGAGACGCUCUGAGCUUCACUGACCCGCUCACACAGGAGCAGGAUGAGAACGGUCUGAGCAUGCCCAGUGAUGCGUCUCUGUCUCCAGCGAGUCAGAACUCUCCCUACAGCAUCACACCCGUGUCUCAGGGCUCACCCGCCAGCUCCGGCAUCGGGAGCCCCAUGGCUGCGUCCGCCAUCACCAAGAUCCACAGCCGCAGGUUCAGAGAUUACUGUAAUCAGGUGCUGAGUAAGGAGAUCGAUGAGAGCGUGACGCUGCUGCUGCAGGAGCUGGUUCGCUUUCAGGAGCGUGUUUAUCAGAAGGAGCCCACCAAAGCCAAAGCCAAGCGGCGGCUGGUCAUGGGGCUGCGAGAGGUCACCAAACACAUGAAGCUGCACAAGAUCAAGUGUGUCAUCAUCUCACCCAACUGUGAGAAGAUCCAGGCCAAAGGUGGUCUAGACGAGGCCCUUUAUAACGUCAUCGCCAUGGCGAGGGAGCAGGAGAUCCCGUUUGUGUUCGCUCUGGGCCGAAAGGCUCUGGGCCGCUGUGUGAAUAAACUGGUGCCGGUGAGCGUCGUGGGAAUAUUCAACUACUCUGGAGCAGAGACUCUGUUCAAUAAGCUGGUGUCUCUGACGGAGGAGGCGCGGAGGGCGUAUAAGGACAUGGUGAGCGCUCUGGAGCAGCAGGCCGAGGAGGCGCUGAAGAACGUCAAGAAGGUCACGCACCACAUGGGUCACUCCAGAAACCCGUCGGCCGCCAGCGCCAUCUCCUUCUGCAGCGUCAUCUCCGAGCCCAUCUCAGAGGUCAACGAGAAGGAGUACGAGACCAACUGGAGGACGAUGGUGGAGAGCGCAGACGCUCCAGAGCCGCUGGAGACCGAACCCGCCAGCAGAGCGACCAGCAAAGAGCAGCCGACGCUCGCUCGCGCUCCCGAGAGAGAAGAGUCCCGCACGGACGACCGGCUGGAGUGGGCAUCCCAGCAGAGCACAGAGACCGGCUCCCUGGACGGCAGCUGCAGAGACCGGCUCAACUCCUCCAUCACCAGCACCACCAGCACACUGGUGCCCGGCAUGCUGGAGGAGGAGGAGGAGGAGGAGGAGGAAGAGGAGGAGGACUACACCCCCGAGCCCAUCUCCGUACAGGUGCCGCCGCUCACCUCCAGGAUCGAGUCCUGGGUCUCCAAAACCCUGGAGAACAUGCAGCUGCGCACACGGAGCAGCGACGAGGACGAUGAAGACGAGGAAGAGCGGCUGAGCGACGAGGAGGAGCUCGACUCCCCCGAUCUCACCGAACCGGCGGCGGAUCCACACACGGGAUGAGAGCUCACGCGUAACACAAACACCGACUCAGGAACCGCUCACACGCUCUCUGCGUCUUCAGAGAUCACACACAAGCACUGUCAGGCAUCAGAACAGUCCUCUGCGUGCUUCAUCUGAAAUCACUCACACACACAGUCAAAUCACCUUUACUAAAGAUAUUUUAAAGAACUUUGGACCCCAUUGACGUCUUAAAAUAUCUUCUUUUGUGCUCCACUUAAGAACGAAAGUCAGUCAUAGUCUAAAUGAUGACAGGAUGAUCAGUUUUGGGUGAACUAUUCCUCUAAAGUGAAUCACUGAAUCACUGAGUCGAAUGAAUCACUAUCAUGAUGCUUCACAGUGUUUUAGUGCUUUUCCCUUAAAACAUUCGUCUGGACAUCUCAUCCGUGUUGCACUGAAGAAAUUAAGUGUUUAGAGCGAGUAGAUGAUUGAUUAUUUCUUUAGAUCAGUGAAGGGAACAGGUGUUCGUUCAUCCCUCCACACUGGCUCUCAUCUGAAGCAUUAACAGAGAAGCAGCAGACGUCUUGAUGUGUGUGUGUGUGUGUGUGUGUAUCUAUCCUGUGUAAAUAAGGUGUUUAAAUGUCUCUAAUACUCUGUUGUCUCCGGUUGAACUGAUUCGGAGGGUGUUUUAUUCCACGUGUGUCCUCGGCUCGUUUCUCCUGCUACUGACCGAUCUGUGGUUUCCUGCCAGUGUACAUUGCUCCUGUGCGUGUGUGUUAGUCUCUUACCACGUUUACUCUGAUUUACUCUGCUCUACAUCUGUCCUGGAGUGCUCGAGAGGUGAAGCCACGUUCAUCUCCACAUGAAGGAUUUGUGAUGUUAUAACGAUGAUGUUCACUAAUUGUGUGUGUUGAUGGCUAAUGGUCCGGUGCUGGUGUAACUGUGUGGAUGUUCUCUCUCUCUCUCUCUCUCUCUCUCUCUCUCUCUCUCUCUCUCUCUCUCUCUCUCUCUCUCUCUCUCUCUCUCUCUCUGUGUUUGCAGUGAUCUUCAUCUGCGUGUCUUUUGCACUAUGUACAUAAACGUGAACAGCUUUGGUAACUAAUGUGAAACUAGCACAUGUGUUUUCCGGCAGUUCUGAUGGUGAAAUCGCAGCGUCUGUAUCUCUGGCUGAUCGUUAAUACAAUUAAACUGUUUUCAGUAAACUA